AUGGUAAUGCAAUGCGUGUACGCAGCCAUUGUUGUGACGCACGCGCAAAUUCAUUUAGUCAUAGACUUCGGCAGUUCGUGUUACGAGCACCAGCGGGUGUACACCUACAUACAGUCGCGGUUCUAUCGCGCGCCCGAGGUCAUGAUGGGCGCGCGGUACGGCAUGCCCAUUGACAUGUGGUCGCUGGGCUGCAUCCUAGCAGAGUUGCUCACAGGUUUCCCCCUCUUGCCCGGCGAGGACGAGGCGGACCAGAUGGCGUGCAUCAUUGAGCUGCUCGGCAUGCCCCCACAGAAGCUGAUAGAACAGGGGAAGCGGUCCAAGAACUUCAUCAGCAGCAAGGGUCUUCCGCGGUACUGCACCGCUACGACGCUCGCGGACGGCACCACGGUUCUCAGCGGAGGCAUGUCGAGAAGGGGUAAACCGCGCGGUCCGCCCGGGUCCAAGAGUUUCGUCACUGCCCUCAAAGGCUGCCAGGACAAAUUCUUCAUAGAUUUCAUUCGACGAUGCCUGGAGUGGGAGCCCGAGAAGCGCCUGACGCCGGGCGCGGCGCUGAGGCACGCGUGGCUGCGGCGCCGCCUGCCGCGCGCGCCGCACGACGACGACGCCACGCACACGAGUAGCGGCAGUGCGGCGACGGGCGCAGGGUCGGGGUCGGGGGCGACCGUGGGGUCUGUGGGGGCGGGAGCGGGCUCGGGGGCGGGGGCGGGGGGCAGCGGGGGGCGCGGCGGAUCCCUGCGCACCCCGCUGGCGAGGACGCCGGUCACCUUCAACGCGUCACAAGUGGCCAAAGCGAAGUUGCAGGCAGCGUUGUCGGAAGAAGGCGGUAGUGCUGCGCGCGCGUCAUUUUGGGCGGGCCGUCUGCCGCACCUGCCCGCCCCCUCCUAG